AGGUAGCAAGGAAGUUACACCAGCUCUAACUGACUUUAAUCUCUCCGUGUAGAACUGGAAACGGUCCAAAGGGCAGGAAACUAAGCUGUUCGCAACUUGUCUGGUAUAACGAUACUAUAACAUGUCUGGUCUCAAAAAGAUCUGCAUCGUUGGAUCCGGCAACUGGGGUUCUGCUAUUGCAAUAAUUAUUGGCAAAAAUGUCAGAAAGUCAACCCAGUUUGAUUCUCUUGUGAAAAUGUGGGUUUAUGAAGAAAUAAUAAAUGAUAGAAAACUCACAGAUAUAAUAAACACAGAUCAUGAAAAUGUGAAGUACUUGCCAGGUUAUAAGAUUCCAGAAAAUGUGAUCGCUGUGCCAGAUAUCACUGAAGCAUCAGAUGGGGCAGAUAUAUUUGUCUUUGUUUUACCCCAUCAAUUUAUAGGACGACUUUGUGAUGAAAUGAAAAAUCAUGUGAAGCCUGGUGCAAUUGGAAUCUCACUGAUAAAGGGAAUAGAUGAAGGUCCUGAUGGUCUCAAAUUAAUAUCAUAUAUAAUUCGUGAGAAACUGGGGAUUGAAAUGUCUGUACUGAUGGGUGCCAACAUUGCUAAAGAAGUAGCAGAUGAAAAAUUCUGUGAGACAACAAUUGGAUCCAAAAACAAAACUCACGGAGAGAUCCUUAAGGAGUUAAUGCAGACCCCAAAUUUCAGAAUUACUGUAGUAGAGGAAUGUGACACAGUGGAAAUAUGUGGAGCGUUGAAAAAUAUUGUAGCUGUUGGUGCAGGAUUCUGUGAUGGGCUUGGUUACGGUGACAAUACUAAAGCUGCUGUUAUCCGCUUGGGAUUGAUGGAAAUGUUAGCUUUUGCAAAAUUAUUUUGUCAAGGACCAGUAACAUCAGCCACUUUCCUGGAGAGUUGCGGAAUUGCUGAUCUUGUUACAACCUGCUAUGGAGGGCGCAACAGAAAAGUAGCAGAUGCGUUUGUAAAAACUGGAAAAGCCAUUGAAGAAUUGGAAAGAGAGAUGCUCAAUGGGCAGAAGUUGCAAGGUCCGCAGACUUCUGCUGAAGUUUAUAAAUUUCUUAAACAAAGGAACCUCGUGAAUCAGUUUCCACUAUUUGCAGCAGUUUAUCAAAUCUGCUACGAGGGCAGACCAGUCGCAGACAUCAUCACAUGUCUUCAGAACCACCCAGAACACAUGUAACUUGAGCCAACUCAGACCAAUACAUGUUAGAAACACAGCCUUUUGGUUUUGCAAAUACAUGAUAAGUAUAACUGCAGAAUAUUUUAUCAACCUUACUUUAAAUUGAUCAUUAUAAGCUGAUCUUUGAAGAUGCUUUUUUAAAAAUAGUGAUACUUAAUAAUGAAAUUUGGUUUCACUAUUCCACUAAUUGUUUUGACCUGUCGUGAAAUGUUUUUCGAAUGGACUGGUAAAAUCCUUCUCUAAUCUCUAGAAUGUUUACCAAUGUUUCAACAAAAUCUUCAAACAUUCCCAGCUUUUGUCAAUGCAGUUUCUCAGCACAUUUCUCCUGUUGACCUUAACCUUAUCUCUAGUAAAUAAUGGUUUUCAAUUAUGCAGCUAAUUUUUGUCAUUCAGUUCCAGUAAAAUAGACCACUUAAAACAAAUGUUUAUACUGUAAACAUUUUAUUAUUUUAAAAAUAAACCAACUGAACUGUCAAUGCAAAAAUAUUGUUAGUUUGAUGUGCUGAGCUACUACAAGUGAAAGGUAUAAACCUUGUUCUGGAAAUAUAAAAAUUAUAUAACUUGGAAAUUGAUUAUAUGUGAAUCACAAUAAAAUACUUUAUUAAGAA